GUUAAUUACACCAAACAUCACAAAUUGUAACUUUUGUUCUAAAUUAGUCUUUGAACUUCAAACUAUGUUAAUUAAAUAUUUAAAUUAUCGAUGUUAUAUCAAUCAAGUUCUUUCGUAUUAUAAAAGUGUUAAUUUAAUUAUUAAAUGUCAUUUCACGUGAUAACACAUGUUAUUAGUAAUAGCAUUGUUGGUAUUACGCUAUGCUGAGUUAUUCAAGAAAGGAAUUAUACAUGUCAUGAUGUUGCUUGCGUUUUAGUUCAGUUGGUAUUAGUAUUAUUAUUAAUGUAGAAGGAUGCGAGUUUGAGCAUCUUGAAACACAUUUAUGCUCCUAUUUAAUAGUUCAGAAAGGAUUAUAGGUAACACAUUUAUCCUCCUAUAGUAUAUCAAUGAUUUUAGUAAGGAAAGGACCUUAUAUCUAUAAUUUAAGGAUGUAAUUAAAAUAUUGAUUAUUAAUGAUGUAUAUUUUAUAUCUAUUGAUUGAAUUCUAUAAAUUUUGUUGAAGCUGUAUUCCUACGGUGAAGUUGUUUUUUCUUUUUAAUUGUCACAAAAGGAAAUUCUACCAGCUUUAGAUGAACACACAGGAAGAAUAAGCUAGUAGAAUGUUUUUUGGUUUAAAGUAAAAGUAUAAAAGGAAUAGGAUUGUUGAGGAUUAUGCUAUGCCAAUGUGAUUAAGUAAGGAAUUAAAAAAUAUAAUGGUGGUUUCUUUACGCUAUACUGAAGUGUUCCAAGUAUGAAACUAUAUAUGGUAGGUGAGUUGAAUGGAGGAUAUGCAAGCAAGUAACUAACAGGUAUGGCAUUUAGUAAAUUUCUUAAUUUGCAGCAUUUUUUUUCUUGAGCUUGGAAUGUUUCAAGCUAAUUAAUUCAAUUUUGUUUGGUGUUUUCAGGAAGAAAUAGAUCAGCAAAAAUGGGAUCAUCGAUAGACAUCAUGCUUAUUUCCUCUUGUGAACCUCAGGAGCCUGAAGAGAACAUCACUCACAUGGAUGCUUUGUUGUACAAGGAAGCAGUUGUACAAGGAAGCAGCAAAAAGCAGAAUUGAAGAAUUCCAUGGUGACCCAGAGCUUCAACUUGAGUCUUUAAAGACCCCAAACCAUGACAACGUGCUCCAUGUUAACUUGGCAACCCCCGAGUAUUAUGCAAACUUUUAUAUUGGAAUUCUGUCAAGCAGAUACUUGCCCUUAUUCUAUUUAUUCUUCCGUUCGUUUUUGUGGAUUUCCAUUGACAAAAAAAACAGUAAAAAAAGAUCAAAUUUUAUCGAACAAAUUCUUGUUAAGUGUCCGUCACUGCUACUCCAAAAGAAUGCUAAAGGUCAAACUCCCUUACACGUUGCAGCAAGGAAUGGACAUUCUGCCAUCGUGAAACUUCUAAUCAGGUCUUGCGCAAAAGCUAGAGACGGAGAUUUAGAGAAGCUGGGAAUGGAUCAUGUAAAUGCAGUCAGAGAGAUGCUGAGGAUUACGGAUCAGGAAUCCGACACGGCUUUACAUGUAGCAGCACAGUAUGGCGAUGUUGAAAUGGUGGAAGGAUUGUUGGAGCUUGAAGACCCUGAUUUUCCGUAUUCUGCCAACAAAAACCAGAAGACUCCACUUUACUUAGCAGCUGAGAUAGGAAACAGGGGCGUGCUGAGUGUAUUAUUAAAUAAAUCGAAAUCAACUGGUCAGGGGGGGCCCCACGGUAGAACAGCUUUGCAUGCAGCAGCUAUGGCUGAAGAUGCAGAGGCAACAAAGAUAAUAUUAAAGAAGAAAGGGAAUCUGACAAAGGAAAGAGAUGAAGAUGGGCACACCCCUCUUCAUUAUGCUGCACACAAAGGUUGCAGUUCUGUUGUGGAAGAACUGUUAAAAUGGGAUGCAUCAGCUGCCUACGUAUGUGAUAGAAAGUGGGAGAUGACACCCCUUCUUAUGGCAGCCAGGCAAGGCCAUUUACAAAUAUUACGAAAGAUUCACUCUUUUUGUCCAGAUUGUUGUGAAAAGGUGGACAAGAGAGGUUGGAAUUUACUUCAUUAUUUGGCUUUUAGAGUCUAUCAUCCUAGUAUAGCAGUUUUCUCUUUCACACUUAGUCGGAUGGAAUGUGCAUCAAUUAGAAAUCUAAUGGACUGGAAAGAUGCCCUUGGAAUCACACCUCAUCAAGUUUAUGAUGCAUAUCGACCUAGGAUCGCUAGAGCGAGGAAAUUUUUUGAGAACAGUGGGCAGAAAGAGAAAAAGAAGCAAAUUGCAGAAUUGUUGAAAGAUAUUGCAAGUGAAGAAGUAGCGGAGUGCCCGGUUUCACACUUUUCCUUACCGACUGUUUCUGCAGAAAGCUUGGAUAAGACAAGAGAUGCUCAUUUAGUAGUGGCAGGACUUAUAGCCACCAUCACAUUCGCAGCGGCAAUAACUGUUCCUGGUGGUUUGCAGACUGAAAAAGGGUCAGAACGAGGCACUCCCCUUUUGAUUGAUGUGGCAGCCUUCAAAGCAUUUGUUGUAACAAAUGCAAUAGCCUUUAUUCUCUCUGUUUCUGCCCUCUCCAUCCACUUUGAGAUUGUGGAUCUUCUUUUAUCAAAACGAAAUUUUUGGAGACCUGAUAUGUUUGUAUCUCGAGCUCGGUCCGUUUCUAAUCUCCUUGGUCGUGCAGUGAUUGCGAUGGUAAUUGCUUUUAGCACGGGUAGUUAUGUGGUUUUAAAACCUUCCCAUGGACUUGCCAUCGCUUCAUGUUUCAUCGGCCCUGCUUUUUUUUUACUGUUUUACUAUUAACAAUCACAAGCUUUGGUGGAGAUGUCUGUGAUAAUAAAGAAUU